CCACGACUCUUCCUUAGCAACCGGCGCUGGGGCGGUGGUGCGGGCCGCGGCCGCCGCGGAGGUGAGGCCGCGCCCGGAGCCCUCUCGGCCCCUUCCUCCUGCUCCACCCAGGGCCGCUUACUAAGCCCUUUCCUCCAACUUCCGUGAGGUGGAGGGCGACGGGUCGGUGUGAGCGAGCCGCUUCGGGUCUGCGGCCCGCCUGCCCAGCACCCCUUCGUGGUGCUCGGGCGAGGAGGGUUGGCCCCCGUUUCCCGUCCCGCGCCCUUGCUCGCCCCGGUGCCUGAGAUCCCUGUGUGCUCCCCCCCAUCUCUGUCCACCGUCGGGGCUGUGGCCUGCCUUUCUGGACCCACAGCUGCAGUGUCUUCUGGGCUGAGAAGUCUCCCCUCCUGCUGGAGCUGCUCUGCCGGUGUUCACUGAGCUGUGUUCCUCUCUUCCCUCUGCACUGCAGCACUCUGCUGAGCUGCAGGCAGCCCCUCCACCCCUGCCUGUGGUCACUGUGGAAGGACUAUGGCAGACACUGGGGAGGGGAAAAAGGAGGAGGCUGAUUAUAAAAGACUUCACAGCUUUCCGCUGAUCAGGCACACAGACAUGCCGGAGGAGAUGCGCGUAGAGGCCAUGGAGCUGUGUGUCACAGCAUGCGAGAAAUAUGCCACCAACAACGAGAGUGCUGCCAAGAUGAUCAAAGAGAUGAUGGACAAGAAGUUUGGGUCCUCCUGGCAUGUGGUGAUUGGGGAAGGUUUUGGCUUUGAGAUCACUCAUGAGGUGAAGAAUCUGCUGUACAUGUUCUUCGGUGGCAGCCUGGCUGUGUGUGUCUGGAAAUGCUCCUGACAUCUGGCCAGGCCCCAGACUCACUGCACCCAAGAGAUUCUUCCUUGCCUUGACAGGUUUUGUACAAUCUGGAGAUGGGGCUUUAUUUUUCAGUAGUCAAACGCUGAGAGCUUUUUCAUACUGACGUACCAGUUCCAUGGGGUACACAUAGUUGGCACAUGUCUGCGUAUAAACUUUCUGAGCUGUCCUGUCCUCACUUGUGGCUUGUCUGUGGCGCUUGCCAUGGUGUCUGAGACAAAGCAGGAAGGAGGAGGUGGGGAACAGGUAACCUUGCAACACGCUGCAGAGCUGUACAGCAGUGCUAGGAGGGGGAAGUGAAAGAGAAAGCUGCUAUCCAGCCCUGCGUGUCUUUCUUCCUCCCACUUGUUCCACACUGUGUCCUCUCUCCUCUGCCUUCCUCACUACCGUCUGGUGUGGCUCUGACCAACACCUGUCUCUCCCCUCUCUGAAUGCCAAGAAUACCUUCUUUCCUGCUCCUAAGAUGUCCAUACAGAACUGGCAGUGCCAAGGGUUCUCCCUUCGGGCUGCCCAUGGAGGUGUUAGCCACAGAGAAGCAGACUCAGCUUGCCCUUCCACGCUUCUCACAGGAGGAUACAACAGCUGAGCUGCCUGGGUGUAGGAGGUUGCUAUGCAAACUGCCCCCUCCUUUCUCACCCACCACAUACUGAGAUAACAUGAAAACACAGGCGGCUGACGAUGCCUGGGGAGUGGGCGAGAACUCUUCAUAAGGCUCAAAUGCCUCUCUGUCAGUUGUUGGGGGUGUUGCAAGUGCUGUGUACUUUCAGCAUCUUGUUUGGAGGCUGGUAGAAGAAGGAGGCUCCAUGUGAGAUAUCACUUGGUCAUCAGAAACUUAGCAUCUUUUUGGACUUGGGUUCUUGUAGCCUGUGUCAAUUUUUCAAGCUGUCAGUGUUGGAGGAUGGAGUGAGUGUAAUUGUGUGUUACGUACAUGGAUUAUUUAUACAUAUCUGGGGAACUGUGUUUUUACAAUAAAAAUUUAGUAGAAUGA